GGCGCCGGGCGCGGCGGGAGGAUGCCGAAGCCGACGCUGCUGCUGCGCGGGGGCUGGGAGCGCGAGCGCAGCCCCGGGGACUCGGAGCUGGGCCGCCAGUUCCGGGACUGGUGCCUGCGCACCUACGGCGACUCGGCCAAAACCAAGACGGUGACACGCAGCAAAUACCAGCGGAUCGCCGAGGUCCUGCAGGGCGGCGGCGGGACCGGCGCGGGCAGUGGCCCGGCGGCCGGCGAGAAAGGCAAGUUCCAGUUCUGGGUGCGCUCCAAGGGCUUCCGCCUGGGCAGCGGCCGGGAACCCAAGAUGGGCCAAGUGGUGUAUGUGCCGGUCAAGACGGGCUCGGGGGCAGAUGGCCUGUCGGAGCCCGAGGGCAUCUCUCUGAAACGGGUUGCUGUGGUGGAAGAUUUCUUUGACAUCAUCUACUCGAUGCACGUGGAGAGCUCUGCAGAGCCAGGCAAAGCCCCCAAGCAUGCUGGGCAGAAGAAAACCUACCGAGCGAUCGCGGAGACCUACGCCUUCCUCCCCAGAGAGGCUGUGACUCGGUUCCUCAUGAGCUGCACGGAAUGCCAGAAGAGGAUGCACUUUAACUCCAGCGGCCCGGAGCCCAAAGAGAACGAGCCUCCAUCCCCUCUGGUGUCUGGCAUUAUUGACUACAACAUGCCCCUCACCUCCACCUACUUGAAACAGAUGAAGCUGCGAGUGAUGAACUCUCAGGAGCAGGAUGAAACUUCUGUGAGUAGUGAAGAUUUUGAUAUGAAUGACUCCACAUGGAUGUCAGCUGACCCCCACCUGGCCUCCAGCCUGAGUCCCAGCCAGGAGGAAAGGAUGCGGAGCCCGCAGAACCUCCACAGCCAAGAGGAUGAUGACUCCUCCUCUGAAAGUGGCAGUGGCAACGGCUCUUCUACCCUGAACCCAUCCACUUCGAGCAGCACACAGGGCGACCCUGCCUUCCCUGAGAUGAAUGGCAACGGCGCUGCAGCCCCCAUGGACUUCACUGCUACUGCCGAGGAUCAGCCCAUCAACUUGUGUGAUAAGCUCCCACCCGGCACGGCUCUGGGCACACCGUCCUACCCCUCAGAUGGCUGCGCCACUGACGGGCUGCGGAGCCGAGUCAAAUAUGGGGUAAAGAGCACUCCUGAGUCUCCCCCUUACAGCUCUGGGAGCUAUGAUUCCAUCAAGACAGAAGUCAGUGGCUGUCCUGAGGACCUGACAGUGGGCCGGGCACCCACCGCAGACGAUGACGAUGAUGAUCACGAUGACCAUGAGGACAACGACAAGAUGAAUGACUCAGAAGGCAUGGACCCUGAGCGGCUCAAGGCCUUCAAUAUGUUUGUGCGGCUGUUUGUGGAUGAGAACCUGGACCGCAUGGUGCCCAUCUCCAAGCAGCCCAAGGAGAAGAUUCAGGCCAUCAUUGAGUCGUGCAGCCGGCAGUUCCCCGAGUUCCAGGAGAGGGCCCGCAAGCGCAUCCGCACAUACCUCAAGUCCUGUCGUCGCAUGAAGAAGAAUGGCAUGGAGAUGACGAGACCCACUCCUCCCCACCUGACCUCAGCCAUGGCAGAAAAUAUCCUAGCAGCUGCCUGUGAGAGUGAGACAAGGAAAGCAGCUAAAAGGAUGCGCCUGGAGAUCUACCAGUCCUCACAAGACGAACCCAUAGCCCUGGAUAAGCAGCACUCUCGGGACUCUACAGCCAUCACCCAUUCCCCCUACUCACUGCCAGCCUCUGCCUACUCCCAGGACCCUGUGUACGCCAAUGGUGGCCUCAGCUACAGCUACCGUGGCUAUGGGUCCUUGAGCAGCAACCUGCAGUCCUCUGCUUCCCUCCAGACAGGAAAUCACAGUAACGGGCCCACAGACCUCAGCAUGAAAGGUGGGGCCUCCACCCCCACCCCUCCCACCCCCACCUCUUCCAGCAACAGCACCAGCAGGACGAUGCCCACCGCCCAGCUCAGCCCCACGGAGAUAAGUGCUGUGCGGCAGCUCAUUGCCGGCUACCGAGAGUCUGCAGCCUUCCUGCUGCGUUCUGCGGAUGAACUGGAAAACCUCAUUUUACAGCAGAACUGACCCUGCUGGCCCCCAGAGUGCACGAUGCCCAGGGAAGGAGACUGUGCUAGCCUGGACCCAGCUUCCUGCCUCACCAGUUGGUACAUUGUUUUCUGAAAGAGGUGGGAUCCAAAAGAGCUGUUUCUAGCUGCACUCGGAGCAUCUGAGACUUUGGGCACAAGGACACUUUUUUUUUUUUUUUUUUUUUUUUUAUUUCACCACAUGGGUGCUCCGACCUGCUUGGAAAGAGGCCAAUGGGGCAGCUCUAAAAGGGUUGGGGCUCCCCUAACAAGGCACAGGGGCUGCAGCUCUAUUUAGAAUCACCUUCGUGGACCCUGAUGUUAGAAUCCCUCAAUAAUUACCUUUCAAGUCUUAGGUGAGCAGAAUUGCAUAUUUAUUGAGAAGAGCAAAAGUGGACCCUUUCUUCCUCUCCCCUUAGUAAUUUAUUUUUCUGAAAUGGAUUCUUUUGUGUUUGUACAGAUUGCCAGUUCUCUGUCUGUCUGAUCAGAAGGAUGUAUCCCUAACCCUAACAUUCCACAUCACUACACUGAUGUGGGCUGGGCCAGCAGAGCUAGGCGUCAGCUCGCUGUCCUGAGUGCACAGCACACCUUUGGGAAGGCCACCCACACUCCACUAGGCUGUCUUGCUGAAGAUCCCAGUGCUGUCACAGGGAUACUGCCAGGCACUGCCCAACAGGAGGACCUCACCCCCACACACUCACUGCAGACAAAAGCACCCACCCAUCCUACAGAGUCCCAGUCACACGGUCACCUGUAUUCUACCUCACACUCCAGCGUGGGCUUUUCCAGGAUGUGCUCCAAGCGUGUUCUGAAUGGCUGUCUCCCCAACUCCCACACAAUGUAUCUAUCUGCUGGGAGGUAAAUCAGACCCAGGGUCCAUGAGCUAGAGCCGAGAGGGACUUGGCCCUUAAAACCAGCAGCUUGCCAUUGCCUGGCUCUUGUAGACGCUUGACAGGAGAGUUCUGGGAGCUGGUCGAGGACCCAGGUCUGAUGGACACAGGCCCCAGACCCCAGAGAA